AUGGCGGUUCAGGAUAGGAGCGUCCUUGUCCUUUAUGGCUCUGAGACAGGCAAUGCCCAGGACAUGGCUGAAGAGCUGGGGCGAAUAUGUCAAAGGCUGCAUUUCAAGAGUCGCGUGGAGGAACUUGACGCAGUAGAUCUGAAUGCCCUUCUCCAGCCUAAAUUUGUGAUAUUUGUCAUAUCAACCACCGGCCAAGGGGAUAUGCCUCACAAUUCAUUGCUCUUCUGGAAAAGACUAUUACGCAAGAAACUACCGCUAGGAUGUUUGGCUUCAGUCAACUACACAACCUUUGGCUUGGGUGAUAGCACUUAUCUGAAAUUUAACUGGGCAGCUCGAAAGUUAAACAGGCGUCUCGACCAACUUGGUGCUACAACUUUCAUCGAUCCUUAUGAAGCCGAUGAGCAAUUUCCAGACGGUCUCGACGGGAGUUUUGUACGCUGGACGGGGCGACUAUAUAAUCAUUUCCUCGAGCACCAUCCUCCACCUUCUGGCCUUGAACCUAUCCCGGAUGAUGUUAUUCUUCCUCCCAAGUGGUCACUCGAAACCCCUCUUCAGAACAGUACGGAAACUAACGGCCACAUCCCUCCAUCACUUGGGCCCGUCUCCUCUUCCUCACUACUUCCCAUCCCUGACGGAUGGACAGCAACACUGGUGGGAAAUGAUAGACUUACACCAGAGAAGCACUGGCAAGAUGUUCGUCUGAUCUCAUUCGAUAUCCCUCGCCGCGAGGGCGCCAAACUGGCCUGUGUUCCUGGAGAUUGUCUUACUAUUUAUCCCAAAAACUUUCCCCAAGAUGUCCAGAGGCUCAUCACCCUUAUGGAAUGGGAGGAUGUCGCUGAUAAAUCUCUUGACCUCUCCCAAUGCGAAUCUCUCCCCACAAACCUCUUUACAGACUCCAAGAGCACAUUGAGAGAAUUGCUUUUAAACAAUAUCGACCUCACAGCCAUACCUCGAAGGUCAUUUCUCAAAAACAUGUCCUACUUCUCUACCAACCCUGAUCACAAGGAGCGCUUACUUGAAUUCACCAUGGCCGAGUACCUAGACGAAUACUUUGACUACGCCACAAGAUCCAGACGGUCUAUUCUAGAGGUCCUCGAAGAAUUUUCAUCCGUCAAGCUGCCCGCGGAGCGGCUCUUUGACAUAUUCCCCCUCAUACGUGGUCGAGACUUCAGUAUCGCCAAUGGCGGGGCUCACCAAAACCACCCUACAGACGAGAACAAGACCCGAAUCGAACUCCUCGUUGCCUUAGUCAAGUACCGGACCGUCCUUCGAAAACCUAGAGAAGGCCUCUGCUCUCGCUACCUCGACAACAUCCCUAUGGAUUCAACACUGACAGUUACCCGCAAACCCGUACUCUCACCGAUUCACGGAGCUCAGAACGCCCAGCGGCCUCUUGUGGCCAUCGCUACAGGCACUGGCCUUGCCCCCAUCCGCGCCCUGCUUCACGAGCGCCUCACGCAGCCUUCGCCGGGUCCCAUGUAUCUCUUCUUUGGAAACCGUAAUCGCGAAGCCGAUUAUUUCUUCCAGCAAGAGCUCGAUGCUUUAGUGGCCGAGGGGCAACUCAAUGUGUUCUUGGCGUUUUCACGCGACCAACGGAAUAAAAUCUAUGUUCAAGAUCGGCUAUUAGAGGAAGCAAAGAGGAUCGAAGAAGUAAUAUUUGAUAACGGAAUAUUUUGCGUUUGUGGUGGCUCAACCAAGAUGGCGGAUGCUGCCAAGAAAGCCGUGUUUGAGCCCUUUUCAGACGACGUCAAAGAUGUAGAGGAGCGCAAGAAGAUGCUGGCUAGUUUGACAUGGUGGCAGGAGAUAUGGUAG